CAGGCCACUAUGACUCCGAGGACUAUUAUGAUAAGCUGUCAAAUUCAUCUCGUAAACGUCGAGCUGUCAGUCAAGGGACCUCGGGUCAAAAGGUCAAACGUCAGGCUUCUGGGCCUAAGAAGGAUGAUCGUAGUCAUCAGCCUUUUCGGACAGCUGCCCCUGGACGCCAAUCCCGCUCAAACURGUCCAGAGGGCAGACUACACAGAGCAGGGGACGAGGCAGAAAGUACCCCACCCACGAGAAUCGCCAAGAAAGCAACAACUCAAAAUUCAAGCACAACUGGAAACAAUCAUAGUACUGAUUGACCAUUGUAAGCUGCACUUUCAUGUUUAAUUGUGGCCUCUACAGAAGGACAGAUUGUAUUACUGUUUUAUUUGUUUGAAUAUUCUUUCUCAGUCUUGGAGGACUUUCAUAUGUUUAUUAGAGUAACAACAAUUUGUAAUAGCAACACUUGAUGUGCAAAUUAUUUCGAAAUUAUUCAUUAUCUCAGGGAAGGAAUAGAUGAAACKUUGU